AUGUCGAGACCGCGGCGGGGUUCUUUGGCCUUUUAUCUGAUGCUCGCCUGCGACGAGGCUCAAAUCAACAAAUUUUUAGCCUUGACUGAGAGACCGAAUGUUACAUUCACCCCUGAAUUCCAUCUGGAGCAGCUGCCCGUGGCAAAGGAGGAGUUGCGCGAUGCAGUCAAGGGUGUCUUUGGGUCCGAGGAGAGAGCACUGGUCAUGCAACCUUUUGUCAUGUUUCGACUUUCAUGUACUAUCCCCGUGGAUUCGCGCGCUCAGCUGCUGAACUCCCUGGAGGGCUCCAAAUGCAUCCUAUUUCUCCAGUCAAUCAUAGUCAUCAACAACCCCAAUCAACUCCGCCAAAUUCUUCGUGCAGCCAGCAUGGGGCUUGCGAAUCUGGCGAGGGUUAUUGCCAUUGCAGGUGAACUGGGCAAUGCUGCCCUGGCGACCUAUGAUACGGUGAAUAACCCGGAUGCGGCGGUUGUUAAUAUGCCGGGCAUGCUGUUCGGCGCGGGGGCUUUCACGAAGGUGUCGCGCGACGCGAAGGGGCUAAAGGGUGUGGCUAGCUAUCGCAGGGGGAUGCCCACGGGUGAGAUUGCGUCGCUAGGGAAGUUCUUUGAGAAUGGGGAUGGCAAUGCGCAGGCUAUACUGGGCAAGAUGUGCUGGUAA